AUGCUCUCCCGUCUAAGUGAUCCUUUCCGCUCCAGCUCUCAAGCUCCAGCUCCAGCUCAAGCUGCAGAUCGAACUCGUCGCCAACACCCACGGCGUUACCAGUCAAACAAACGCAACAACAACAGCAACAAACACACUCGUCAAGACUCAGAGGGGAUGAAAUCCGUAGCAUCCUCUCCAUCUUCUACCGAUUCGCUCCCACCUCCUACUCCUCCAAAGGACGAACCCAAAUCCAAUAACAAUAUGGCCAACACUUCCACAAAGACCGUUACCGAAAAACCAAAACAACCCCCUCUCCCGCUCCCGCUCCCGCUCCCUCCCUCCCCUCCCCCCUUCCCCCGACCCAUUAAAGUCCAACCCACCCUUUCCCUUUCCAACAGCCAGCUUCAGCUCCCAUCCCCCCUUCCCCCCAGGAAUGCUAACGCCCACCACCCUCAACGGCCCUCAACAGCAGGCACAGAACUCGCCCUACGCCUCUCCCGCCGUCAAGCCUCCGAAGCCCUAAAAGAAGCCCAACGCGCUGAACGUGCCUACACCAGCCGCAAGCGAGCAAGGCUGGCACGCGCGAACAAAGUCGAAGCUGCUGCGCACUUCCGGCAGGCUAAGGAGCACUUUGCGCUGGCGGUGGGGUUGAGUUGGAGGUGGGUUAGGGGAGUGCCGUGUUUGAUUGAGCAGGGGUGGGAGGAGAGGAAACGGGUGUGGGCAGAAGAGAAGCGGGAGGAGAGGGAGAAGAGGGAGGAGGUGGUGGCUGUGAAGGACUCAAAGGGGAAAGGGGAAGAAGGUAAAGGGAGGAGGACGGGGGUAUGGAAUUGGAAGGGAAAGGAGACUACGACUACUAAAGAAAGUGUGAGGGAGGUUGUCGGUGGGAGUAGAAGUGAGGAUGAAAGUGAGGAUAUCGGCGGGGUGGGUAAGGGGGAGCAUGUGAGAGGAGGAGGAGGAUGA